AUCAAUAUCAUUUAACAAUAGUUAUGACUUUGUAACUUGUAUGGAAAAAUCAUGUCAACGCGUUUUCUCUCUGUCUCAAAUUUUUUUUAAACAUACCAAUGUUCAUCGCAGAGCAUGUCGCUAUGUUUAGGAAAAUAUAUGUAUUAGGUACCCCUACCACCUGAUUUCUAUCCCUCUCUGUCCUUAGUAAUUAAGCUUCAUCUAGCUAUCAUCGAUCAUGUCUGCUGCUAGAGAAAUAGCAGGUGAUAAUCAAUCUCGCCAGGAGAUGAUGAUGGAUCCUGUGGUUGAAUCUCUUGGUAGGCUCGAAGCAUUACUUAAAGUACUCAUGGAAUCGCAAGUACAUACUCAACAUCAACUAUCACAAAUUGUAAGAAACACUAGUAUCACAGAGUAUAAUUAUGAGAAAGACAAAGUUAUCCAAAGCCCAUCAUCAGUAUCAUCUAAUUUUGUAGCUUUAGCGCCACCGUCGAAACUGUUGACACUUGAAGAUCAAGAUACUCCCAGCGCUAAUGCCACAAAUAAUUUUUCGGUAAACAUGGAAAGGCCAUUCUUUGUGUAUGAGGAGGAGAUUACACAGGUGAAAACCGAUGAUCGUAAAGAACAAGAUCUACAGCCAUUUGAAUUUCGCCAGCAACUGGAAACCAUUAGUGACUUCGCGGGACAACAAAGGGCUCUAAACCAGAAGUUUAAACUAGAUGAAGAAGGAGAUCAAACAUAUGUUUUGGAUGAAUACAAGCAUCUAUUCAAUGCAGCAAAAGGUGGUGACUAUGAAUUUUUGAAGAAGAAUCCACAAAUGCUUGCACACGUCAUUACUACUGAUAUGCGGACAGCUUUGCAUGUAGCUGUGUUUAAUAUGCAGUUUAGGUUCGUAGAAGAGAUUGUGAAACUCAUUCCCCCAAAGCGCUUGAAUGUAAAACAAGAGAGGAGGGUUACACAGCACUUCAUCUUGCGGCCAUGUAUGGAUACGCUGAAACCGCUGAGGUGAUGGUAAGGGAAAAUCCUAAACUGACCCAGAUAGAAAACGGGGAUGGAUCUGUACCCCUUGAUACCGCUCUAACAUCAGUUACAGUCGGACAAAGAAAGACAGUUGAAUAUCUUUACUCUGUAACUAGGCAUGAGCACCCAAGUCCAUUCUCCGGCCAACUUGGUGCUAGUCUUUUGUGUAACACUAUUGAAGUCGGUUUCUACGCUACGUACACAAAACUAGUAACUAUUAUAUAUUACUUGCUUCGUUUUUUUUAAUAGGUCAGUUUUGUUUUUAGCGAAAUUUAAGGAAAUUAAGAGAACUAAUCAUUGA